AUGUCUGAACAAAACGCGGUGGUUAUGCAACAGAAUUUGGACAGGAGUUGCUGGGUUUGCUUCGCCACAGACGAGGACGACCGGACGGCGGAGUGGGUGCGUCCGUGCCGGUGUCGGGGGUCUACAAAGUGGGUGCACCAGUCCUGUCUGCAGCGCUGGGUCGACGAGAAGCAGAGAGGGAACAGCACAGCACGGGUCGCCUGUCCUCAGUGCAACGCAGAGUACCUCAUCGUGUUCCCCAAACUGGGCCCUGUGGUGUACGUGCUGGACUUGGCAGACAGACUGAUCUCGAAGGCCGGACCCUUCGCCGCCGCUGGGAUCAUGGUGGGCUCCAUCUACUGGACCGCGGUCACCUACGGCGCCGUCACGGUCAUGCAGGUGGUGGGUCAUAAAGAGGGCCUGGAUGUGAUGGAGAGAGCAGACCCGCUGUUCCUCCUCAUCGGUCUCCCUACGAUCCCGGUCAUGCUGAUCCUCGGGAAGAUGAUCCGAUGGGAAGACUACGUCCUGAGACUGUGGAGAAAGUACUCCAACAAACUGCAGAUCCUCAACAGCGUCUUCCCAGGUCUGGGCUGUCCGGUGCCCAGGAUCCCGGCUGAGGCCUCUCCUCUGGCGGACCACGUCUCUGCCACCAGGAUCCUGUGCGGAGCGCUGGUCUUUCCCACCAUCGCUACCAUCGUCGGAAAACUCAUGUUCAGCAGCGUCAACUCCAACCUGCAGAGGACCAUCCUGGGAGGAAUCGCCUUCGUGGCCAUAAAAGGAGCGUUCAAAGUCUAUUUCAAACAGCAGCAGUAUCUGAGACAAGCCCACCGCAAGAUCCUGGACUUCCCCGAACCAGAGGAGGCCUGA